GAGCGAGGGCACUCCUGCUGGGAACCGCGACCGGGCAGCCCCCGGGACGCCCUGGGAAGCGGCGUGAAUGAGGUGGCUUAUCUCGGUGCAGGAUGUGUGACCGAGCCGGGGACGGCGGUGCCCUCGUCAGCACCAGCAGCCCACGGUUCGCAGGUGUCCUGUGAAAGGCAGCAGGAGAAACUCGCACAGAGGUGAUGCUGACAGCUGCCUUGGGCCAGGUGUGGGGACAUAUACCCUGACCCUGGGAAAGUGACACAGGCGCAGGCCUAAAGAAAAGCACUCAACAGCCACAAGGAAGAAGUCAUACAGCGGCUUACAAAUGGUGCGAGGUGUGUCCGGCUGUUGGUAUGGGAAUACUGGCACCCUCCCUUACGGAGACCUUCCAAUUACUAUCGAUAUCUAGUAUAAAAGGAUUCCAGGUAAAACAGCUUCUCGUACUACCGACAGCAAGGUCACCGCACGGAACCUUGGACCGCAAAAAUAUUUUUGUAAUUAAAUUAUAUUCUUUAAAAUAAGAAAUUCAAGCUAUUAGUCUCGGAAGACUUACAGUCAGCUGUAUAACGAAUACUGUAUACUAAAAUAGGUGGCAUAGUACUUACUGGGGUUAAUAUUUUUCUGAUUUGCAAAAUGAUCUCAGUUCAUUUUUAUUUUUUAAUAACGCUGAGCGCCGUUAUCCAUGGCUUUCCACAAAACGCAAUCGAGAAGUUUAUAAAUAAAGCAAAAGACUUGGAAGCGUCCGGCAGCGAAGCAGACGAGCCCUUUCGAGGUAUAGUUAAGGUUGUCAAAAUUAGCCCCCAUUUUCUUCGGCCGGCCAGCCUAUUCAGGGCAACCAACAUCAGACGUGGCCCGAAGCCGAGAAGUCCUUUACCGGCCUUUUUGGCUCUGGGGCGCCCCGGUCCCGUUCCUUCCGGAAAGGGGACUCUGCUUUCGGCACUGCCUAAGCGCCAUGGGGACAUCAUCGACGUGGAGAGUAAGAGGAGACAAGGACUGGCGAUGUGGCAAAGAGCGAUGGAGAAAAGCAGCCAAGGCAAGGAAGGGCUGGCAUUGCCCGUUAACCUGAAGGACAUCUCCAAACAAAACUGCGCCGCUGUUCCUUUUCUCCAGCGGGUGACAGAGGCAGGUUGUGAGACUGUGACAGUGCACAAUAAAUUGUGCUUUGGCCAGUGCAGCUCGUUGUAUAUUCCGCCUGGCGGGGAGUCCGCUGGAGCUGCGCCCGGCGGAAAUCAGCGCGCCUCUCCAUGCUCCCGGUGCUCCCCUUCGCGCUCCCGCUACGUGACGGUGCCGCUGCGUUGCCGAGGAACGACGCGGGAGCGCCAGAGGCGCGUGAUGAUCGUGGAGGAGUGCACGUGCGAAACAGGUCUGGAGGAAGGUCCCGCAGAGGGGAUGGCGAUCCCAUACCUGAAACACUGACAUUUCUGAAUGAAAAGGGAUUUCUCUUAAUAAUGGUGGCUUACAAAAAAUUGGACCCACUCCCAGUGCAGACACCUGAUAAACGUGCAUUAUCAGUAAGAAAUGUAAACGCCAGAAGACAUGGAAGCAAAACGCUGCCAUUUUAAAUGUUCGCAGACACGUGACCCAAAAUAUUUGGCUCAUUAGAUUCUUCGUUAAACUCUGAUAACAAGUGGCCUGGCCCAUACUGUAAAUGUAGUGUCAUCCAAAUUGGAUGGUAUGUUGUACAAUGUCCAAUGUGGAGAUAAUUAAAACCUGUCUUUCCGUCAUUAACAAAAAGGCACACCACAACCUGCAAGCACUGCCCAGAACAGCUGCAGUACUUUAUCUCUUGCUCAAUUUAAUAUUUUCCAUCUUAUAUUGAUGUACCGCUGUCAUUGUUGUCAGACAAUGUAAGUAAUUGCGAAUUAUAUAUCUGAUUCAAAACUGGCCUCUUCCUGUUGGCCCUUUUCUGACAAAGGCAGAUGCUGCUGUGCAUUUGAGCAAUAAAAUAUCCUUUAUCCAA